AUGUCAUUCGCAAAUUUUAUUUCAAAAUUUCAUCCAAUGAAUGGUAGAUUUUAUCUCCGACAUUCAAGAAGAACGGCAACAUUUAUCUUAAAACCAUCAUAUAAUACAUUAUUAAAUUUUCGUUCAACUUCAACAGAACAGUUUCAACAAAGUGAGAAAAAAUCACAACAACAGCAACAAAAUAAAUAUGAAUAUUUAUUAGUCAAUAUCAAAGGACAAAAUUCGAAUGUAGCACUUGUUCAACUUAAUCGACCUAAAACAUUUAAUUCUUUAUGUGAUGGUCUGAUAAAAGAGUUGGCUACAGUAUUAGAAUCACUUGAUAAAGAUGAAAAGAUUGCUUGUAUUGUUCUUACUGGUGGUAUACGUACAUUUGCUGCUGGUGCUGAUAUCAAAGAAAUGCAAAAUAAAACAUUGCAACAAGUUAUUAAUUCAGAUUUUCCUAAUCAAUUAUUAGCAGUAUCACGAAUAAAAAAACCAAUUAUUGCUGCUGUCAAUGGUUUAGCAUUAGGUGGUGGUUGUGAAUUAUCGAUGAUGUGUGAUAUUAUCUAUGCUGGUGACAAAGCAGAAUUUGGUCAACCAGAGGUUAUUAUUGGUACCAUACCUGGAGCUGGUGCCACUCAACGUUUACCUCGUUAUGUAGGCAAAUCGAAAGCAAUGAAAAUGAUAUUGACAGGCAAUCGAAUUAGUGCACAAGAAGCUGAAAAAAUAGGUUUAGUUAGUGGUGUCUUUCCAGCUGAUAAACUUGUUGAAGAAGCUAUUAAAACAGCUGACAAAAUAGCUAGUCAUUCGAAUAUUGUUAUACAAUUAGCUAAAGAAACGGUCAAUGCUGCUUUUGAAACAACAUUGACAGAAGGCAAUCGAUUCGAAAAAUGUCUUUUCAAUACAACGUUUGGUUUGGCCGAUCGAAAAGAAGGCAUGACUGCAUUUUUAGAAAAACGUAAACCUAAUUUUAUCGGUCAAUAA